CUUUUUUUUCCCCCUUUCCUUCUUUCAAUCUCCUCAGAAUUCAUUGUUAUAGCCCAAAAUGUCCUCUGUUCGUUCUGCAAGCCGUAGUGUGCGUCUUUUGGCUGCCAAUUUGGGCACUCGCAGCUCAAUUCUGCUUUCACGACCCCUCACUGCUUCUCCGCGCGUUCUCCGCUCCGCCGGUGUCCCUUCUACUGGCAUUGCUCGUCCUUCUGUUGCGAUUGCGUCGUUGCCCGCGAGCGGAGGCUUGCGCCAUGCCUCCGCUACAACUCCGGCGGGCUCUUUGAAGCAGACGCAAUUGUACGAUGUGCACGUCGCGAAUGGCGCCAAGAUGGUCCCUUUCGCGGGGUUCUCUAUGCCCCUCCAAUACUCCGACUUGAGCCAUGUUGAGAGUCACCACUGGACCCGCGAAAAGGCCAGCUUGUUCGACGUUAGCCACAUGGUUCAGCAUCACCUCAGCGGGCCUGGAGCCCUCGAAUUUCUCAUGAAGAUCACACCCUCCUCUCUUGACAAGCUGAAACCGAACACCUCGACCCUCUCUUGCCUUCUUGAGGACGGCACAGGCGGUAUCCUCGAUGAUACUGUGAUCACACGCUUGUCUUCUGAUACUUUCUACUUUGUCACCAACGCUGGCCGCCGUGCCGAAGACCUUGCCUUCCUUCAAGCCGAAAUCGAUAUCUACCGGACCAAGAACGGCACUGAGUCUAUCACUUGGGAGAUCCUCGAUGACCGCGCUCUUGUUGCCCUGCAGGGUCCUCUGGCUGCCUCUGUUCUCCAGAAUUAUGUUAAAGACUCCGACCUCAGCACCCUCUAUUUCGGCAACUGCCGGUCGCUUACUCUGACCUUCCCCGAUGGUUCCACUAGUGCGGAACCUCUUCUCGUUUCUCGCACUGGCUACACUGGUGAAGAUGGCUUUGAGAUUUCUAUUCCCACUGCCAAGGACUCAUCUCUUCCCCGCAAGGUCACGGAACUUCUUCUGUCGAACCCGGAGCAGGUGCGUCUUGCUGGUUUAGCAGCUCGUGACUCGCUCCGCCUUGAGGCGGGCAUGUGUCUCUACGGCAGCGACAUCUCCACUUCCCAGACGCCUCCCUCUGCAUCGCUUACCUGGCUUGUGGGCAAGGAGCGUCGCGAUCCCGCCACUGCCAAUUUCAACGGCGCCGCGACGAUCCUUCCUCAAGUCGCCUCUCCUGCUAAGACCCUCUCCCAGCGCCGGGUGGGCUUUACAAUCGAAAAGGGAUCCCCUGCCCGUGAAGGUGCCGUCAUUGUGGAUCUGAAUGACGAGUCUCGCGCGCAGAUCGGAGUGAUCACCUCCGGCCUGCCGAGUCCCUCCCUGGGCGGCGUCAACAUCGCAAUGGGAUACAUCAAGAAUGGCCUACACAAGAAGGGAACCGAGGUCGGAGUGCUUGUCAGGAACAAAGUUAGAAAGGCCACUGUCACGGGAAUGCCGUGGGUUGAGAGCAAAUUCUACCGGCCCAAGGCCUAAGUUGAUUGACUAUGGUUCUUUGAGAAGGUCGCGAUGCAUGGUUAGAGAUUAAGGAGUCUUCAGCGUCUGGUUAUGUUUCAUCUGUUCUAAAUUCCCCAGUUUCUGUUUUGCGAUGAUGGGAUGACGUCAGGUCAUAUCAUACUGUACAUACACAAUGUUUCUGGUUUAGCCUUAUGUUUAGCUUCAACGAUGGGUUCUGGAGGCUCUCACCACUCGGUGAUUCCAACUACUGCC